UUACAGAAGAGUUCAACGGAUGGUCAACCUUGCUGUAAAAUUCUGGAUAGAUGAGCUCCAAUGUCAGAAUAAUGAACGCCGAUUGUACGACUGUAUAUUCAAUGGUUGGGGAAAUGAAAGCUGUUAUCAUUCGUUGUUUGACGACGUAUUUCUAAUUUGUAAACCACACCGAGAUGGUGCUGUUCGAAUGGUCGGAGGGGCAAACCAGUUUGAGGGCAGAUUGGAGGUAUAUGUCGCUGGGGAGUGGGGAGGCGUCUGUAUCAACCAAUGGGAUAAGCAUAUACUAAAUGCACAUGUUGCUUGUAGACAGCUAGGCUUAACCGGAGGCACAUUUAGACGUUUAAACAAUAACGAGAUAGGAACGGAGAAAUUCUGGAUGGAUAAUAUCGAAUGCCGAGGUGAUGAAGUUAACCUUGGAGAGUGUUCUUUUAAUGGAUGGGGCGUACAAAGCUGUGCACAUUUUUCUAAUGGAGUAUUCCUUACCUGCAACCCAAACAAAGGUAAUGCUAAGCCGAUAUUAAAUAGUAUAAGAGUUAAAAGCUAA